AUGCUGUACGUUUAUGUACGAACGCAUGCGAUAUCUUGUCAGAUGUAUGGUGGUAAUACAAGCAUAACUUAUAAUGGUGAUGUUCGUAUUAAUAGCUGGAAAGAUCUGUCUAAAGUUUUAGAAUAUCAUGUACCCUUUGCCUUGUAUCUGGAUAAAUACUGUACCCCUGUAUGGUGUUUUAUUGGAAUCAUUGGUAAUUUGGUUUCCUCCAAAAUUUGGAUGAUGAGGCGAAUGAGGAAAUGUAACUCAUCGGCUCUAUAUUUGACAGCCUUGGCUAUUUCAGAUAUGGCAUUUUUAAUUCUUAAAGUGUUCUUCGAGCUCCAAUAUCCUUGGCGAAAAAGCGUACUGGAUCUAAAAGGAUGGUGUUCUGUGUGGAAUCUAUUGUAUAUGAUGGCAGAAUACAUUUGUGUGUUAUUAGUUCUUGGAUUUACUGUUGAACGGUUUCUAUCAGUCUGUCACCCAUUUCAAUGUGAACGUUUUUCAAAAACAGCGAGAUCACGGAAUAUUAUUAUCGCUGUGGUGAUCAUAUCCUGCGCUGUGGCACUGCCCCAAGCUUACUUCUGGGAUGUAAGUCGAGUUAGUGGCGAAUGUCAGUUACGUGACAAUACAGCUUCUUCUGAUGGAGCGUCCUUAUACACCAUCUGGAACUGGGGUACAGAACUCUUAGCGUUUGGUUUAAUACCAGUGAUAGUGUUAUGUUUAAACAUCUGUGUUUUAAGACAAAUUAAAACUGUCGGGAAACUGUAUAUACAGGAUUCUAUUACACGAAACCCACACGCUCGUUGUACAACAACAACAAUAACCUUACUCUGGAUAUCAUUUUAUCUUAUUUUCACAAAGUUACCGGUAACCAUCAUGUUCACAAUUCAGACUAAGAUAUUAUUAGGCGGUGUCAUGUCGCUGGAUGAGAUGUCCCGAGAUCCAACGUGGCAGAAUUAUUUCUCUUAUUUUAUUGCCAGAAAGGUCAUAGAAGAAAUUGCCAUAUCGCACCACGCUUGUAAUAUAUUUAUUUAUUUUACUACCAGUGGUCCGUUCAGAAAGCAUCUGAAACUGUGGAUUUUAAAUUUGUUUCAAUGUUUUAAUGAGACAGAUGAGGAUUCAGUAAGAUCCCCAAGACCAGUUCAGUUAUUGGAUGCUGUUUAA